CGUGUGUGGGGGUUCGUCUCUCUCAGUGUGGCCGUAACCGCCGUCGGUGUCGAAUCAUUUUCUCCGUCACUCUGCACGAUAAUACAUUUGUUGGCCAGGAAAAACGUUUUCCAUCUCAGUGAAUCGUCCAUUAUUAUUCCAUUCACGUUCCAAUUUGAACCCACACACUUACUUGUGUGUGCACUGAUUCUAUUCAUUUGACGGUGUGUGUGUGGACACGACCUCGUGUGUGUGUUACUGGUCAAUUCCUCGUGGUCUGUCGUGUGAUUGUAUCUCGGUGUGUGUGUGUGUGCGUGUGUGAUGUUUGUGUGAACGGAGAAGAAGAAAGCGAAUCCGUUUGGAACGGUGCCAUGAUCGGUUGAACGCCUUUUUGGAAAAGAGGAAAAAAGAACCAGACGUGAGACGUCCGAAUUAGAAACGCCCCGCCCGCCACGAACUUGGGGCAACGUCUGACGAACGAAGACGAACGAACGAACGAAGAUGGCCACAUCCUGGUUGUCGUCCCGCUCGUUCUUUAUCCUUUCCGGCUGGAUUCUGCUGGUCUGCUGCUGCUGCCUCAUUGAACCGGCACGAGGAAUAGCCGGUCCAUCGCAACAGCAGACGACUGGCAAUCGAGGAGGAGGAGGAGGAGGAGUGCCGCCUCGGAUUAUUGACGACCCGACCAACGUGACGGUUUUGCGCAAUGAGCCGGCCACAUUGCGCUGCGCCUUUGACGGCGUGCCCCAACCGGAGGUGACGUGGUACCGCGAAGGAGAGCCGCUGGAGCCGCGCGGACACCGACUCGUCCUGCCCGACGGGGCCCUUUUCUUCCUGCGUGUCACCCAAAGUCGCGGGCCGGCUAGUCGCGGCGACGCCGGGACUUAUUGGUGCGUGGCCCGCAACGCCGCCGGCCAGGCCAGGAGCCGCAAUGCAACUUUAACCGUCGCCUAUUUGCAAGCCGAUUUCCGCCGACUACCCGAAUCGACUCGAGCCGUUGUCGGCGAUCCGGCUCGUUUCCACUGCGUGUCGCCCAGGGGCCAGCCGGAACCGGAGGUCACGUGGAAAAAGAACGGUGUCCCCAUCCAAGGACAAUGGGAUGACGAAUUGGGUUCCCUGGACAAGGAAAGGGUUCACGUGGAGGAGACGGGCGAUCUGAUUAUCCGGCACGUGCUAGCCAGCGACGAGGGAAAGUACCAGUGCGUCGCUCACAACAUGGCGGCAACACGAGAGUCGCCCGCCAUUUCAUUGUCUGUCUACGUUCGUCCUCAAGUUUCUGUUCCGCAAAAUGAGCUGGUCGUCGUACUCGGAGAGGAGGCCCUUUUCGAGUGCCAGGCUUCCGGUGAUCCGGCACCCAGACUGGCCUGGCGUCGAUUGGAUUCAAACGGAGAUUCUUCUUUAGCUGCAGUCAAGUCGGACGACACGGCAAAUCGAUCCACGUUCAAGAUCCAGCACGUCGCCCUGACCGAUGCCGGCCGCUACGUCUGUGAAGUGGAGAACGCCGUCGGCAAGGCCUCGGCUCUGACGGUGUUGACCGUUCUCAUUCCGCCCACUUGGAGCGUCCAGCCGCCGCCGCAGAUCCUUAGCGAGGCCGGCGGAUCGCUGACGGUCGACUGCAGCGUCAACGGCGUCCCCCCGCCGCUCAUCUUCUGGCGGAGGGAAAUGGGACCGCUGGACGUUGGCAACAACACCAACACCAGCCGCUGGCAAAUCGCCGCCAACGGAACGUUGAGCAUCCGCCAACUGGAAACGGAAGACGCCGGUCCGCUUUAUUGCGCCGCCAUCAAUCCGGGCGGGGCUCUUUUGGCUCGGGUCAACCUGGAAAUCACGGUCCCUUCUCUCUCGGUGCCCAUUUACUUUCAAAUCGGCCCGGCCAAUCAGACGCUGCCCAUCCGCUCGCCGGCCCUACUUCAAUGUCAAACCCAACCGGAUGGGCCUGGACUCGGAGCCGAGAUCUAUUGGACCCGCAACGGCCAGCCGGUCAAUCAGAGUCAACCGGGACUGGGCAUCCUCCCAACUGGUUCCCUCCAGAUCGAUCACCUACAGCCGGAAGAUUCCGGCACGUAUACAUGCUGGGCUGUCGGAGCUAAGCGAACCAACAACACCAGCAGCAGCAGCAGCACUCUGAUGUCCGUCUCUUCCUGGACGGCCACUUUACUAGUGGAGAAUCCCAUAAAUCCCAACGUGGCUUUCAAUCGGGCACCGUCCGAUCCAUUGGCCUUGCCCGGACCUCCGUCACAACCCGUGCACACCAACCAGACGGCCCAUUCGGUGACCAUCACGUGGCAGAGCAGCAGUCGAAUGGGGGCCUCGCCACUGGUCGGCUACACGGUGGAAAUUUAUAGCCCGUCUUCGACUUGGUCGGAGGCCCUGUUGCCCGGCUCUUGGACUUGGGGUGAACAACUGCCCAGCAGCAAUCAAUCUUCUUCUUUUUCUGCUGCUGUAGAGACUCGGCACUGGCUAGUGGCCGUCCGGAAGUUGAAAGCCAAUACGUACACGAUUGAGGGGCUGAAGGCGGGCAGUUGGAUCCUUUGUCUCGUGCGGGCUGAAAACUCUCACGGCCUUUCAUUGCCCAGUCCCGUUUCACAAUGGAUCCACUCUGCGGCUCACUCGCUGGCCGAUCCCGACGUCGUCCAGACUCGUGACCUCCUUUCCGGCUCUUUGAUGCAGUUGGAUCGCGUCCAGGCCAUCAGCUCCACCGCCGUCCAGCUCCACUGGGACAUUGUCGACGGCGAGAGUUACAUCGAGGGCCUCUAUCUCUUCCACUUUGAAACGGCGACGCCCACUCUGCCCACCGUCCGGUCCACCCACACUGUCAAGGACCCCGGAUCGAUGACCUACACCCUUUCGCAAUUGAGGCCGGACACCAACUACACCGUCUUUUUGGUUCCGUUUUAUGGCGCCGUCGAAGGCCGCCCGUCAAACAGCCGCACAGUCAGGACCCAUCCAGAUGCGCCGAGCGGAUAUCCGCAAAAUGUCACCGUCAGACAAUUCAACGAGAGCAGCGUCCUGGUCCAGUGGCUGCCUCCGCCCGUCGAUCAACGCAACGGACUCAUCACCGCUUACCAGAUUUUCGUCUACUCCGCCGAGACCAACAUGUUGCUGGCCAAUUUGACGCUUCCUUCCACUUCGACGUCCAUCGCUGUGGGCGGAUUGGAAGGCGGAACUCGCUACGCUUUCAGGGCAGCCGCCUGGACUCUGGUCGGAUUGGGUCCCAGUUCGCCGGCCCUUGUCCUCUCCAUCGAAAUGAAUCAAUCGACGUCGACGGUGCCCAUGACGGACCAGGAAGCUCCCAACUCGUUUCCGACCCACGUUGCCCAGGAAACUUUGAUGAUUAUGCUGGUGGGCGGAACGCUGUUGGUUCUCCUGCUGACUGUCAUCCUGGUGGUGAUUGUGCGCAGACGGAAAGUUUGCCGGGACGGUGGGAGCAGCCGAUCCAGGUCGAAUACCCGCGGCAAUCAGAGCAAUCACUUGCUGUGGCCGCUUCCGUCUCAUCAACCGUGGGCCAAUCAUUCGUCGUCAAACUCCAACGACCCGUCCAAAGACGUCCAUCCCCAGCUGGGCCCCGAUUACGCCGAAGUGUUUCAUCACGCUAAUCCCAGCAUGUCGUCAUUUGCAUCGUCAUCCCACCACCAGCAACAGCAGCACAGCCUUCAGCCGCCGACGGCCGCCAACAUGACGGCCGCUUCUGCUUACGCUUCCACAACGCUAAUCCGCAAUUCGUCGGCCUCAUUGCCGUUCCGCUAUCAGCCGUCGGCUGCCGGCCGCAGCGUCCCCCAGUUAUUAGCCGAGGCCGGUGGUGGUGGGCGAAAUUCAAGUCAGCCGUUGGUGCCCAAUUGGCUGGAAUUGCUUCCGCCGCCGCCACAACAUCCGCCUCCUCCAUUAGUCGCAGCAGCUGGAAGUAAAAUCAUCGACUACCAGCCGCCCUUCUUGACUGCCACGUUGCCGUCGACCAUCCACGCUGGAUCCAACAGUUGCGCCGCUGCCCCGCCGAAUUUCAAUCCCUGCGGCGGAGGCGGUGGAGGCGUCCAGCACUAUCCCUUCCGCUCGUCAUUCAACAACGCUCAAUCCCAGCCGACGCUCCUGCCCAACCAACACGCCCGCAAUUCCUUGUUCUUGCGGCAGUUGCACCGCCAAUCCAGUCGCUACCAGAGCGAGGAUUUAGUCAUCCCGCAAGAGGUCGAGGGCCUCUACGCCACCUGUACCUAUGACCAAAUCGAACCCCCUUACCCGCUGUCGUCUUAUCGUUGAAAUGAGACAUGAUUAAGGACAUGCCAAAAGCCAAAAUUGGUAAUAAUUAUAUAUAUAAAAUAAUUACCCAUUCACACUCGACUCUAGUCACGUCUCUCUCUACCCAGGAGAAUCCUCCCUCCUUUGGAAAAGGCUAACCAAAGAAACACAAUUUCUUCUAAUGAAUUAUUAUUUUGACAAAAGGCUCGACAUGUAAACAUUUGUGACUUGUGUGUGCGUGUUUCAACUUUUAAAUAUUUCGAAAAAAUACUCCCCCCAAAAAAAUAAUAAUAAUCGCUUUGGCGUUGUGAGCGUUUCUUUCCUUCCUUUUGUGUUUCUACUACAUAUAAUAUAAUAUAUGAUCGAUUAUAUAAUUAUUAUUCUGUCUCUCUAUUGAUGUGAAACUUUCAAUGUGCUGUGAUAAUUUUCCAACAGGUCAACCCGUUUCUAAUUGGCUGUUUUCUUUCCCACUUUCAGUUUCUUGACUGUAAUAAUUUGAAUGGAUUUUUAUAUGGAUGUAAAUAUUCGUGGCUGUACGGUGCGCCGAGCUGUACUACACCCACCUCUUCCCCCAACAGCAGCUUGCGCGCCACCUUCAAUUAUGGAAAGUAAAUAAAAAUAAUUGAGGAUUUGGUUUCAUCAGGAA